GCGCGCGGGGCGCGAGAUUAGAACCCGCCGCGCCCGGGAGGGCGGGCCGACGGCGAGCAGGCCGGGGCGAGGACGCCGCGAGAGGGCUGUGGAAGCGAAGGGAGCGAUAAAAGAGGCUGUCUUGUCACGUACACCCCGGGCCUGCUGUAGGUUCAGCCACAGGGAGAAGACAAAGGGAGCUGAGAACCACUCUUGAGAAACACAGAACAAUUUUAAAACGAUAUUCUUACUAGAGACUACACAGUCAGGCUAAGACCUCAGGCUCUGACCCCUGGCUAGAGUGAUGAUGGAAUGGGGGAGCCAAAGGUGCAGAGUGAAGAACAGAGCAAGAUGAAGCUGGUCUUUGUGUGCUCUGUCAAGGAGCUCCUGCUUUACUAGGGGUCCCCAACCUAUGGGCUGUUAUUACAGUGACGAGAAGCAAAUGCCUCCUUUGGCCAACCUCUUGGAAAAGCAGUCUAAUGCGAAGAGGGAGCAUGCAAAAGAGUUCCUAAGAUAUCUAAGAAAACAUGAGCAUGCUAUCUGCCUUCCAGUUAUUCAGAGUCCUAUUACAGAUGUCUGGGAAAGUGGCAUUCAAGCCUUAAAGUCUGCUCUGCAGCUGGAGAACUUAUUAACUGAGGUCCUGGAAGAACUGAAGUUUUCUGCUUUUGAGAAUGAUGAGCUGAUCUCAUAGACUUCGUGAAGCAGUUCCUGGAUAAACAGGAGAAAACCAUAUCUUAUCUGAAACAACAUGAGAGGGAAAAAGAAGAGCCAUGCCCAUGUAAAUGCCUAGUUAAAAAGCGGGCUGAGGCAUCAGAUGAAGAGACUUAACUUUUGAAGGCAGCACAGCAGGUCUUCGCAUUGUAGUAGGUCUCAGAGUCCACUACUUCACGGUCUUAAUUGGUUCCAUUUGCCUGAAGGCUGCUUUCCUUUUUACCUAGUUUCC